AUGACAUCCGUCUUCACCGCUAUCUCUUUCAUCAAGACAGUUUCCAGAACCUCUGCAUUGGCUGCACAUGAUCCAAAUGAUCAAACUGAACACAAUAAUGUUGGUCACAGGAAGCUCUAUGCAAGUCCUUGGAGAUCAACAAAGACACCACCUCCUACUUUACCUUGGGAUGAAGGACUUACAAUCCUGUGA